GAAUAACCCUUCAUUAGGUUGGAGACGAAAUGUACUACUUGUUGAAGCAUUGCAUAGUCCUGAUUCGGGAAGAACUGUGCACCAUGCUCGGGCACUUGAGUCAUUUUGUGUACGAACUGGAAUAAGAUUAUCCCGUUUGCAUGACAUAUCUGGAAUUUCAAAGGCAUUGCCAACAACAACAUUUCCAACACCAUUUACCUCUCCACUGAUCACUGGAAGUUUCCCCUCAAGCCCUCUGUUGUUCAGUCCGGAUGUUGGCCUGCAGAGGCUUGGCCAAAUUGACAUGGUCCCACCUUUAAGCUUGGAUGGAUUACAAUCUGGAAAGACAGCAUCACCCCCAAAGUCUCCUGGACCCAGGCAGCUCUCUUUACCUGUACGGUCAUUGCAUGAGAUGUUACAGAAUCUACCACAAGUGGGCAUUAUACAUUUGGCCCUUCAAAAUGACUCAAUUGGCUCAAUAUUAAGUUGGCAGAAUGAUGUGUUUGUCGUGGCUGAACCUGGAGAACUGGCUGAUAAGUUCAUACAAAGUGUCAAGGUUAGCAUGUUGUCAGUGAUGCGGAGCCAGCAUCAGAAGGGUGCAUCGCCAUUUGCCAAUAUAACAACUAUUGCCAAUUUGGUUCACUGUAGACCAUACUUCCAAGUUGGAAAUAUAGGGCAUAGAUAUAUUGGACGCCAAACCCAAGUUAUGGAAGACGAUCAAGAAAUUGGGGCAUACAUGUUUCAUUGUACAGUACCUUCUUUGCACAUGACACCUGAUGAUGUUCGUUGGAUGGUUGGAGCUUGGAGGGACCGAAUCAUUAUCUGCACGGGAACUUAUGGUUUCCCUGCAAAUUUAAUUAAGGCCUUUCUAGAUUCUGGGGUCAACGCUGUUAUAUGCCCUACAGCCGAGCCCCAAGAUGUGUCACUGACAACAGAUGGUGGAUCAGGAGAGUAUAAUGUUCUGGAAAAUGGGAGGUUCGAGACUGGUGUGGAAGACGGAGAAGAUGAAGAGGUUGAACCUAUCAGUCCAGGUUUAGUGAGUGACUGGGAAGAUAGUGACUCGGAGAAGAAUGGGAACCACCAUUCUACAGGUUUUUGGAAUGAAGAAGACGAGGAACUAUCAAGGUUUGUCUGUCAGUUGUAUGACUUAGUAUUUCGUGAAGGCUUAAGAGUGGAUGUUGCCCUAAAAAGUGCUCUUGCCUCCCAUCGGAAGCUGAGAUACUCCUGUCAUCUUCCCAAUGUAAAGUAGUUUGUCAAAUAAAUCUCAUACAACAUUAAAAAUAAUAAUAAGAAGAAGAAGAAUAAGAAAAAUAAAAUGAAAUAAGAGGUACCAUUCAAUUUUGAGGCUUAUAAGAAAACAUUUGUUGUCUAUCAUUCAUUACAUGAAACUUGAGUAUGGUUAUUAACAUUUUUUAACUGGAAAGAUGUAUGGAAAUUUAAAUUUCUUCAAAGCAGUGCCUGCUGAAAAUGGUCUUUUUCUGUUAUGGAAAAUCCUAAUGUCAGGUGUGUUCUGUCUAAUCUGUAUCUUUUGAUAAGCCCAUUUCUAUAUCAGUAUGAAUUUCAUUUCAUACCGUUCAAGUGCUGGGUGUUCAUGCAUAGUCUGCAUUGGUGAAAUUGCCAUCAGCCAGGUUCUCUAGCAAAGUUACUUUUCUUGGUAAGGCUGUCCUGAACUUCAAUAACUUUCAGUUCCUGGGAUCAGGCCCGUCUGC